GUGGGCUGCUUGUUCUGCAAUUGGGUCAUCCUAGCACGCUCCCAAAUAUCCUUGAAGGCGCCUCCGAGGACAUUGGGAUAGGUUGCAGAUGUGUUCCCAAGGCGUGAGCGAAGGCGGCUUUCAAAGCGCGAAAUCUUCUCUUGCGCCGCCUGUAGGUCGAAGAUGCUUUGCGCUUCUGCUUCUCGCCUCUUCCUCGCGUCCUCGCGCAUUUUAUUCAGUUCCUUCCGCCUCUCCUCUUCCUUCUCUUUUCUACUCAAGCCCGAAUUGGGAGUCGAUCCACCAGGCUUCAUGAAGAGGCUCGCAUACACAUUCGCGUCUCGCAAGUCAAAGUCAGCAUUAUUUGCUGUCGCAGCCGGCUUCCGUGCACCUCCAACACCAAGAGCGAGGUUAUCCGCCUUCGGAGUGGGCUUCACAGGGAUACCAGUCGGGGUGGAAGUACCAGUGGAUGGCUUGUUCUUCUUUAUUGGCGGGAGCUUCGGUUUCUUGGGUGGCGGCGGCGCAGCUGCCUCCACGUUAUCCGCUUUCGACGUCGAGUCCUCGUCGUCUCCAUCAUCAUUGAGAACCCCACGUCUACCUGGAAAAGAUGGACCACUUCUUGAAGACACUCCCUUGCGCUCGUCCCUAAUAGCGAUCGGCUUGUCGACAGCAGCUGCUUUGACUGACUUGCUCUUUGUCUUCGAAAAGGUAGCGCGGCUGGAGGUAGCAGGUUCGGGAGCAAAAUCUUCAUCGUCGUCAUCUACGACAAUCUCCUC